UGGAGGAAGUCGUCUUGUUUCGGCAGCGCAGAGUCACAGUGUCUCCCUCCAUCACAGGAAGAGCAGGACUCUCCAGGAUCACUGAACCAGCUAAACAACAGAGAUGCAGGAUGCUUCCCCAGAUGGCUGUACCAGCCCAUCAGUCUCUGCUCAGUACCAUCAGUGUUUUGGCUGUCCUUCUUUCCCUAGCACACUCUGCUGGAGGUCAGUCUCAGUUAAUGGGUCCACCUCAGCCAAUAGUGGCAACAGUUGGUGGUGACAUCAUUUUGCCCUGUCAUCUGGAACCUGCAGUGGAUGUUGCUGCCAAGACUUUGGAGUGGACGAGACGUGACCUGAACCCUAGACUUGUCUUUGUGUGGCGUGCCGGUCAGGACCAUGAGAAUGUAAAAAAUCCAUCUUACAAAAGACGAACAUCUCUGUUCACUGAUAAACUGAAGAGAGGAAACAUUUCACUGAAACUCUCUGAUGUGAGACCUUCUGAUGCAGGAAGAUACAGAUGCUUCAUUCCAGAUCUGAAAACAGACUCUUUCGUUGAGCUUGUCGUUGCAUCAGGUGCCGUCUCCUCACCUGUCAUCAGUUUAGCAGGGAUUGAUAAAACCAGCAGUGGAGUGGUAUUACAGUGUGAGUCUGCAGGCUGGCAUCCAGAGCCUGAGGUGUUGUGGCUGGACGGUGAGGGAAAGCUCCUCUCUGCUGGACCUACAGAGACAGUCAGAGGUCCUGAUGACCUCUAUACUGUCAGCAGCAGAGUGACUGUGGAGAAGAGACACAGCAACAGCUUCACCUGUAGAGUCCAACAGAGCAACAUCAACCAGACCACAGAGACACACAUCUCUGUUUCAGAUGAUUUCUUUAAGGCCCAGUACAGUUCUGCUGCUCCAGUUGUUAUUGGCUUGACUGUUAGUCUGGCUCUUUGCAUCCUGCUUCUUUUUGCAGUUGUCCUUUUUGUGUGGAAACAGAGACGAAACAAAAUCAAGACCAAGAGAAGCCACAGGGAUGAAACUGACAAAGGAGAAAAGAAGAAUGGCUCUGAAACUCACAGAACAGAAGAUCAGUUUGUCACUGAAGAAGAAAUGAAGGCUUUGAAGGGAAAAGAGGAAGAAAAGAGCAAACAUGAGGAGCAGCAGAGGAGGGAGGAGGCAGAGAGGGAAGUUCAGACCCUGAAAGAGGAGCUGCAGACCAAGAAGACUGAGUUUGAAAGUAAACUAGCUGAAGUCCAGCAACAACUGCAGAGCCUGAAGGAGGAGCUGGAGACCAAAAACAGGGAGCUGGAGGAAAACAAAUCUGCCCAGUCCAAGUCUUUGUUUCCCUGGAAGAUAACCACCAAGCAGACAUUUGAGAACGAGCAGCAGCGGAGAGAGCAAGCUGAGAAACAAGUCCAGGACCUGAGACAGAAGCUGUAUGACAAGACUAAAGAGCUCCAGGAGGAGCAGCAGAGGAGGGAGGAGGCUGACAAAAGAGUGAAGACCCUGGAAGAGGAGCUGAAGAUCAAAGAUGAUGAGGUCCAGAUGCACCGUGUGCUCCAUGCUGGACAGCAAAACACCACACUUUCAGGCAAACUCAGUUUUAAGCUCAAGCAGCCAUUCCAGAAGCACCAAAGCAGGGAGGAAGCUGAGGGGAAAGUUCAGACCCUGAGGAGAAAAUCAAGUUUUAAGACUGAAGACAAUCAAGCUGAAGUCCAGCAGCUCCAGGAUGAGAAUCAGAGGAUGGAGAACAACCAGCAGACCCUGAACCAAAAGGAUCACAACCUGACCAGUCCAGCCAAUCAGGACUCAGCCAAGAGUCACAUCACUGUGGGUGAGGUCAACGUGCGUGGCAAAUAUGUUCGUCUCAGCAACAACUCUGAAAAGGACCAACCAAUGGGAGACUGGGAAUUACACAUACAAGUCAACAAAAGAAAACCCAUCAAAUACCAGUUUAAGCACUCAUUCAAAUUCAAGGCCAGAAACACUGUCACUAUCUGGGCUUCAGAUUGUGGUGUCAGCUGUGAGACCUCUACUGACCUGGUGUGGUUUGGCCAGAAGUCCUGGGGCACUGGAGAGGAACUGCUGGUCACCAUCUACAGCAACACUGGAGAGCUAGAAGUAAGGCGAAUGCUAGUGCUUCCGAGCUCUCAGAGCAAUCCCCAGCAGCAGCAGACUCACCUGGUCAGUCAGGAUUCAGCCAUGGGAAACAUCACUGUGAGUGACAUCGACCUGAAGGGCAGUUAUGUUCGUCUCAGCAACACGUCCAAUAAGGACCAACAACUGGAAGGUUGGGAAUUACACAUACAGGUCAACGACAGAAAACCCAUUGUGUACAAAUUUUCCCACUCAUUCAAACUCAAGGCAAAAAACUGUGUCACUAUCUGGUCUUCAGAUGAUCCUGGCAGAAACAAUCCUCCCACUGAUCUGGUGUGGCAGAACCAGAAGUCCUGGGGCACUGGAGAAGAACUGCUGUUCACCAUCUACAGCAACACUGGAGAGGAAAUGGCCAGGAAGUUGGAAACACCAAGUAUUACUGCCAUGUAAUCAAGGAAACUUUGAAACACCAAGUCAUCUGAAAAAUGUAUCAAAAUAUAUUUUUAUUUUGUUUGGUGAGUGAGAUACAACUUUACACUGUAUAAAUAAAGAAAUAAUUUUGUA